GCUCCUUUUUCAAAGAGCUGAAGAGAAAUUGCGGCAGCCGUCUCCUCCAAAUACAGAUCUAUCUGAAAAACUGCCUCAGUAGCAGGAAGUUAAUGAAAAGACACCAGAUUCUAAUGGCGUGUUCUUAAAAUUAAUUGGAUUGGUGGGCAUGAGGAUUUUGUCGCUGUCAGAAAGAAGAAAUUUGGCUUUUUUAAAUCUUAUUUCAAGGUCUUUCCCAAGCCUAAAAUUAUGUUUCCGAGUGAAGACCGGAACUCAAGUGAGCUGCUGAACAGCUCCAUUGGAAACUCCUCUAUGGAGGAUAUGGAGGACGAGGAGCACCCUUUCCUGACGGAUGCUUGGCUUGUGCCACUUUUCUUCUCUCUCAUCAUGCUAGUGGGGCUGAUCGGAAACUCACUGGUGAUCUAUGUCAUCUCCAAGCACAGACAGAUGAGGACCGCCACUAACUUUUACAUUGCUAACUUGGCUGCUACUGACAUCAUUUUCCUGCUGUGCUGUGUGCCAUUCACUGCUACCCUCUACCCUCUGCCUGGCUGGAUAUUUGGGGACUUCAUGUGUAAAUUUGUCGCUUUUCUCCAACAGGUGACCGUACAGGCAACAUGCAUCACUCUUACGGCAAUGAGUGGAGAUCGUUGCUAUGUGACAGUGUAUCCUCUGAAAUCCCUGCACCAUCGAACCCCUCGUGUCGCAAUGAUUGUUAGCAUCUGUAUCUGGAUCGGUUCCUUUAUCCUUUCCAUACCAAUCUUCCUGUACCAGAGGCUUGAGGAUGGCUAUUGGUAUGGACCAAGAAAAUACUGCAUGGAGAGGUUUCCAUCAAAGACUCACGAGAAAGCUUUCAUCCUCUAUCAGUUCUUAGCCGUAUAUCUACUGCCUGUCAUUACCAUCUCCUUUUGUUAUUCCUUCAUGCUGAAAAGAGUGGGACAAGCCUCUGUGGAACCAGUGGAUAACAACCAUCAGGUCCACCUGCUCUCCGAAAGAACAAUCUCCAUUAGGAGUAAGAUUUCCAAAAUGGUUGUGGUCAUUGUUGUUCUCUUCACCAUCUGCUGGGGUCCCAUUCAGAUCUUUGUCCUGUUCCAAUCUUUCUAUCCCAACUUCAAGGCCAACUACGCAACAUAUAAGAUCAAGACGUGGGCUAACUGCAUGUCCUAUGCCAACUCCUCUAUCAACCCUAUUGUCUACGGAUUUAUGGGCGCCAGCUUCCGCAAGUCCUUCAGGAAGACCUUCCCCUUCCUCUUCAGACACAAAGUGAGAGACAGCAGUGUUGCCUCUCGCACGGCCAAUGCAGAAAUAAAGUUUGUAGCAACAGAGGAGAGCAACACUGAGAGGAAAUGAGAGCAGAUGACAACUAAACCAUUAAUUCAUGCCAACUGUCUAGUCACUGAGGUGCAGGCUUCCCUCCUAAAUAGGGGUUAUAUUCAGUUCGCUGAGUUGUGAAAAUUUUGAAUGUGGUGCAAAAGGCCAUUUAAAAGGCAAAGAAUUGCAGUUAUAUUUACAGCUGGAGUUAAAUAGU